AUGGUCAUCAUGCUGGCAAGGCUUAUGCCGAACAUCACUGGCCCCAGAAACUGUAAAAGGAGGAACUUAUUAAGCGUGGCGAACUCGAUAAUGCUUUACGGUGCAGAGGUCUGGGCGGAUGCCCUGAGACACAAAUGCCACAAGAAAAAGCUUGUGGCUCUACAGAGGAAAAGAGCCUUAAGAGUGACAUGUGCGUAUAGAUCCGCUGAGAGGAAAAGGGUAUACGAGGCCAAAAAGACGAGAAACGACAAAGCCAUCGCGACCCAAGAGAGGCAACAAGCGCUUCUGAAAUGGGAGGAGCGAUAG